AUGAAGAACAUCUUGUCCCUUCUGUUUUUUCUUCAAAUCUUCCUCAUCUUUGGUCAUGCCAACACCUAUGAUAGAUUGUCGGCGCGAUCGUCCGCAUCUGACCAGGUUUCCUCUACAUUUGUAAAACGGAAGACGAAGAAACAUAAGAGCCAAGCAUCCAAUGAUCCUACGACCGACCAACCGUCAACAGGCGAACAACCGAUGACAUGCUCGAUUUCCAGAUAUGUUAGAGAAACAGGACUCGCGAGCGACUGUGUUUGUGCAAUCGCUUUUCUGUAUGAUCCGAGUUUCCCAGCAUGUACCAUUUGCCGUACUUGUGUGGUCCAGCCACUUGAUAGCAAGGAAGUCCCACUGGGAGGUCGUAAGGACAAGCAAGGUCAACCUAUGCCACCUUCCAUCGAGCUAGCCCGAAUGAAUUCAGCCUAUGACUCGAUGUUCAAGGCCCAAGUAUAUACUGAUGCCCCCAUUUGUGACCCCUAUACGACACCGCCUGGCUUGGGGGACGUGGCUAUGGCAUGCAAUGCCAGUCUGGCCGCGCAAGCUUACAGAGAAGCAAUGUAA